AUGGCAGAGGCGCCCAAGCUUCUGUACAUAGUGGUGGUUGAUGAAGAGGAGAGCGUUGGUGGAACGGAGAGGCCUUUCCCCGCAUCUCUUCUGCGUUCUUCCCCUGCAUGUCCUGCUUCGUCUUGCUCUCCUCCUAAUUCGUUUCGGUACACGAGACCAGUGCUACAGAGCACCUUACAGCUCAUGGGUUGCAAAGCACGCCACGCUUUCAAGGUAUAAGAGGGGAAAUAGAUCAAAGUAAGAUUUCAUUGUCCUGCAAUUGUCGACCUUUUGCACAUCUGGUGAUAUUUUUUAUCUUGUAUCCGAACGGUUUCCGCAGACGCGAAGCACGAAAUCUUUCAUCGUAAAAAAUAAAUCCCCCGUCCCGAAUCUCAACUGACAUGCGCAUGUGCUUGCUUUAGUUGUCACUUUAUUCAUCAAAUUUUUCCCAACAUACGAAAUCCUAUCCUAAAUUAUCUCGUAGAGGAAGAUUACUUCGUUUUCUGGCUAGUGCAAUUUAUUACAUCUUUAGAUGUUCUUUGCCAGGGUCUUUUGUUCUUGUAAUUAAUUGAUGUGUUUCGUGAUAUCUACAGAUUUCACGGUGUCCUGUUUAUUCUAAGUCGUGUGACAUAGGAAAAAAAAUCGUUACCUGUUUAUAUAUUGGAUGUUUUACGUAUUGUCUGGUAUGUAGGUUUCUAAAUUUCAUGAUAGGAAAAUAUAUUGAAAUGAUUAUCCGUAUGGCUUGAUGUCUCAUCUGUUGUUCCUGGAAUGAGGGGAAAAAAGAGUAAGAUACAGAAUGUGGUGAGGAAAAAAUAAAGAAUUCGUCAUUGACCAAUGUUUUUUUUCAAAGGAAUAUCUGGGGAGCGGUAUCUGCGCUGUCCCUGCAUGCUGGGAUCUGUGUCUUUGGACGUGGAAUCCCUCACCAUCCGAGAAUUAGCUUUAUUGUCUAUUCUUGUAAAAUGCUACUUUAUCCGAUGUUGAGCUCACGACUGGGCACUGUCGUUAUUCUCUUCUGGUUCUUUUUCUUGCCACAUGGAUUGUAUGGUUUUAUGUCUACGGGUGUGUACGUAUACAUUGGUGAGAAAUGUAUCAACUUAUAGCUGACGCUUUAAUCAAUCACGCCUUUUUAUUUGGUUAGAUAUUAUUGCAAUAGGCACUUAUAAGUUUGAAGGUUUUAGGCUGAAAGGUAUUGGUUCUUUCUUGUCAGAUCAGCCGAAGGGUAUUUGAAGUCUUCAGGGCUGAGUGCUCAACUGGCGCUUAUGCAAAUACUAAGAGAGGAAUGUCAGUAAUAACACCUAUUGAAGAAAAUGACCUUAACGGCAUAGAUGACGCCAAAGAGAAUGCCGCAAGACCGUUUGAAUUGUACAAGAGGCUAACAACUGUUGUUGUUGGUAGAGAAACAUUUUUGAAUGUGGUUUGUGAUGCUCUAUCAGAGUACAAGUAUGUAGGACCUAACCAAAGAGCCGAUCUAGUCCUAGCAUGCAGGUACGUUGAAAAAUCUCUCAUUUCUUUCGAAUUACUAAUUUCCGCUUUAUUUUUCGAAUGUCGAUGGUUCAUAUAUGUGUUCCGAAAUUUGGACUCCUUAUGCUUAUUUUCCUCUUCAGUGGUCCCGCAUACUAAAAUAUUUGUGAUGUAUUGCAUCGAGAAUUAAGAGAGUUAAUGUAGAAACUUCUCAGUAAUGCAUUUUUCCAGCGACUCAUCUUACUUCAGCUUUCUUUUACAUUCUGAAGAGGAGACACAUAAACAGGGGAGAGAAAGAGAGAGAGAGACGUAAAGAUGAGCUUAAUUUCAUGAUUUUUUCUGUUCCCCUGAUUCGGAUUCUGGAAGGUCCAGCAUUCCUUGAGAGAGAUGUUCAUGCAUCUGACUGAAGGAUAUAUUCAAGAUGAAAUGAUAUUUCGUUUCUUCAGUGGUUAAUGCAUGAAUAGAUACGAUCUUUAUGUUCAAACUUGCUAGUUCUUCUAAAUAGUAUACUUGCCUCUGAAAUCAUUCGUUUCUUUGUCCUAUUUUGCAGAAUCCGAGAAAGGAAGGAAUCUAUUACCAUCCUUCUCUGCGGCACCAGUGGGUGUGGGAAAUCUACCUUGUCUGCCUUGCUGGUACAUUUCUUAUUCCACUCGCUGAAACGAUGAUAUAUUUUUCUCAGAGCCCAUCUGAAACCCAAUACCAUCCUUUUCAUCUCAUGUUUUCUGUCUGGCUUGUGGUCAUUUGCGGAGGCAUAUCCCGUGUUUAUUUCCACUCACUUCCCUCUUGUGCUCCUUUCCGUUUGAUAUUAUUGAUCUGGUAUGACUCAAAAUCCCUUUUGUGUCGCCCGUGAAGAAUCAGAAAUCGCUUUUAUGAUCUUGGCAUUUCAUGGUAUCUAAUCCUGAAACCUGGACUCUCCUUGAUUCUUAUUGCCCUUGAGUUAUCGAGUGAUAGAAAUUUGCAACAGCGGAUUACCUGAUUUUUGCAUCAGAGGCUUGCAAGCUUUGGCAUUUAGACUGCCCCUGCUGUCAUCCUGUAAAUUUUCAUGUUAGGUGGGCUGAAGCCAGGCGUCCAUAUAUGAACCUGUUGGCUUCUAUCAUAAUCUGACCAUCUAGGACAGUUAUAUAGGCAGUAAUCAAUACUCUCGCAGUUAGCAUUCCGUUUUCUAAUUGGCCAGAAUUGGAUGACCACAUUUUGGCUGUCAUUUGGUGACGCCAUUUAUGAUUUUAUUUGAUAAAGUGUUAUUAUAUGAGGUCCAGAUAUCCAUUUCAUAAGCUAUCAUACGCUACAUUCAUAAAUUGCGCAUUUGGUGAACAGGGCAGCAGAUUGGGUGUGACCACUGUGAUUUCUACAGACUCGAUCAGGCACAUGAUGAGAAGCUUUGUGGAUGAAAAACAAAACCCCCUUCUCUGGGCUUCAACCUAUCAUGCCGGUGAGCACCUCGAUCCCGUCGCUGUUGCAGAAGCAAAGGUAAGAAGGAAAGCGAAGAAACUAGCCGGCAUUACGCCAUUGCCAAAGGAGGAAUCCUCCGGGGUUUCACAGACAAAGAGGGAUGCUCGUACCUCAGAUGGGGCUUCCGCUGUCGGUUUGCUCAGCAAGAAGCAGAUGGCCAUCGAAGGCUUCAAAGCACAGAGUGAGAUGGUAAUCGACAGCCUUGACCGGCUGAUCACCGCCUGGGAAGAACGAAAAGAGUCUGUUGUUGUUGAGGGAGUCCACCUGAGCCUUAAUUUCGUGGUGGGUAUACUUCCCCUUCGACCAUUUUUCAAGAUUCUUUUUUUUUUUUUUUUUCCGAAUGGUGGCUGAGCAUCUUCCAUUCGAUUUCUCAUGUGCAGAUGGGUCUCAUGAAGAAGCAUCCCUCUCUGAUACCCUUCAUGAUCUACAUCACAAACGAGGAGAAACACAUGGAGCGGUUUGCCGUUCGGGCCAAGUACAUGACACUAGACCCGGCGAAGAACAAGUACGUCAAGUACAUCCGCAACAUCAGAACCAUCCAGGAGUACCUCUGCAACCGGGCCGACAAGCACCUGGUCCCCAAGAUAAACAACACGAACGUCGACAGAAGCGUCGCCGCCAUCCACGCCACGGUCUUCAGCUGCCUGCGCCGGCGGGCGGCGGGUGAGCAGAUUUACGACCCGGUCACAAACACGGUCCCUGUGGUGGACGAGGAGUACAGGAAUCAGUGCGCGGCCAAUUCGCUGAGCUCGAAGGGGAUGUACCAACUGAUCCAGAGGCAGGGAUCUUUCAGGCACUUGAUGGCGCUCUUGAACACAGACGGCUCCGUCGCCAAGGCCUGGCCCAUGGAGUCGGUCGUUGCCGGCGGAGCGAGCAGUGGGAGCGAGAAGGUAGUGGGGUGUCCGAUGUAUGGGCCGCUGCAGAUCGGGAAGGCGGAGCCAGUCAAUCUCCAGUUCGGUGGGUUUGGGAUAAGUGCCUGGCCAAGCGAUACUGGCGGCACUAGUCAUGCAGGAAGUGUUGAUGAGUCGCGGGCUGAUGGUACCGACACUGGGAGCCGCUAUUACUCUUCAUGUUGCAGCUCGCCGAGGAUGUCGGAGGGCCACGCCAAGGAGGUACCCACUGUUUUUUUGUUUUUGUUCUUCUUGUUUGUCAUCAUCUGUGUAUUUUGCUGUCUCCCCACUUCCUGAUUUGCACCGUGUUCUUUGUGAACUAUGUAUUUGGGGUAGAGUUCUAUCAUUUUAUCAUCCUAUAGUAAGUUUUCAUGGCUACCCUCCUUGCAUAGGAUCGUUUGCCGGAUGAGAUUCAAUCCAUACUUCCUCUCUCUCUCUCUAACUUGUAGGGGAUGAUUUUCGUUGUAACCAUGUAGCUCAAGGAAGACUUCUCGGUGUGCGGCAGCGAAGAAGAGGCCGAGGAUCACCAUGACGUCGACAGUGACGAAGAUCUCAGCGACGCGGCUAGCCGGGGGAUCGACGAAGAGGUACGGAAAUGGAAAAACAGUGGGCCAUUCUCUGUUCGUUCAUGGUGGAAUUGCGAGGAUGCUUGAAACCGAUUCUCUCUCCUCGCCUCUGUAACACCUCUUCUGGGUCUCCUUCAGAUGGAGGGCUCUGUCGACGAGGAGUCGACCAAGUCCGACGAGGAGUACGAUGACCUCGCCAUGAGAGACGACCUGGAGAACGGGUACUGGUCCGACGACGACGAAGACCGGCGCGGCGGUGACAAGCAGAAAUCCGGGGACAACGGCGGCGCCGCCGCCGGAGAGGGUUCGGCGGAGAAGUACCAGCAGAAUCUGGAGCUCUUCCUCCGAUCCAAUGGCCACAGCUCGCCCUUCUCCGAGGGGAAGACCGCCCGGCGGCGGCGCGCGAGGAGCGAGACCUCGCAGUUCUACAACAGAUCCCUGCAGAGCCCCGGAGAGCUGGGUAACCGUGGGCCCCUCUGCGGCGGCCUCAUCCUCUACUGA